AUGAUUAUUAUUGUAAUCAGGAUAUCCUCAAUAUCACUGGAGUCCUCUUCACGCCUACAGGUUCUAGGUAGAGAAAGUGGAGCGGAAGCUGGUGGAGAGCAGCAGGUUGUGGUCUCGUGGAGCAAUAUCAUUGGUGUGAUAGGUCGUGACCUCUUCAUCUAUUGCCUCCACCGCCUCUCCAGGUGGGAAUAUGGCGCCAUCGCCUCCCUCAACCGUGAUUUCAAUUCAGUGGUUCGCAACGGGGACAUCUACCGCCUGCGUCGCAAGAAUGGGGUCACAGAGCACUGGCUCUACCUCUCUUGCGGUAAUAAUCCUACAGAGUGGGAGGCUUAUGACCCGUCCACUGGGCGCUGGAUCCAAGUGCCCAACAUGUCUGGAAUCGAUUUCUGGGAGUCGCUGGCUGUAGGAACCGACCUGCUGGUGUUUGGGGACUACGGAAGGGUUGCCUGGAGAUAUAGCAUCCUUACCAAUUCAUGGACAUUGCUGGCGGAUGACAUGAACACUCCGCGGUACUGCUUUGGGUCAGCAAGUGUCGGGGAGAAGGCGUAUGUCGCGGGAGGCGCUGAUUCUUCUCAUAGUCACUUGAGCUCCGCAGAGAUGUAUGACUCAGAGACACACACUUGGACACUCCUUCCCAGCAUGAGUACGGCUAGGUUCGGAUGCUCUGGCACGUUCAUGGACGACAAGUUCUAUGUGAUUGGUGGUAUUACCAGCAGUCUUGAGGUAUUGACAUGCGGUGAGGAGUAUGACUUGAACCGGCAGUCAUGGAGGGUCAUCGACAACAUGUCUCAGGGGCUCAACCAUACAGAUGAUGGUGCUGCUCCACUCAUUUCAGUUGUGAACAAUGAGCUUUAUGGCGCUGAUUACAGUGAGAAUAAUGAGUUGAAGCAGUAUGAUAAGCUGGGCAACAAGUGGAUCACUCUUGGAAAAUUGCCUGUACAGUCUAAGCAAAAGGGCUGGGACAUGUGUUUCCGAGCGUGUGGUGACCGACUGAUUAUUAUUGGGCCUCCAAUCCAUUCUACUGUUGAAAAAGUGUUGGAGCUUCAUUCAUGGACCCCUGAUGAGCAACCGCCUGUGUGGAAUUUGAUUGCCACACGGCCAUACAGGGGCGACUGGAUUCUGUGUGCCGUGAUGGCAUGCUGA